AUGUCGGAAGACGUCUUCCCCCCGCUUCCUUCAUCCGCUGCAGCCGCCGGCUCCACCAUCUCCCCUUCCACUAUUCUUCCUCUCUGGAAGAAUCUACUAACCUCUGCUCCACAAAUUUCCUCUGAUUUUUCUCACUCACUUGGUUUCACCCCAACCCAAAACUUCACGACCAACUUUACUACCGAGCAAUUUGUUGCAGGAGCGCCGGAAUGGUCUCUUUCACUGGUGGGUUACUCUAUUGGAAAAAGGCCUUUUUACGAGUCACUCCUCGCGACGAUAAAGAAGGCUUGGCAGCUCAAAGGAGAAAUCUCCCUUCUCACCUUGGAUGAUGGCUUCUUUCUUCUAAAAUUUUCUGCCCUAGAAGACUAUGAUUUUGCAUGGACCAGAGGACCUUGGUUUUUCUUUGGAAAACCAUUCAUUUUGCAGAAGUGGACUCCAGACUUUGUUCCAAAGAGAGAGGAAUUUCCUUCUAUUCCUCUGUGGGUAAAAAUCUUGAAUCUUCCUCUCUCCCUCUGGACGCCGGAAGGUAUAUCUAAACUAGCAAGCUGUAUUGGUAUUCCUAUUGCUGUAGAUGCCCUUACGGCAGCAAAAACACGUCUUACUUUUGCUAGAGUUUGUGUUCAAAUCACCAGUACUUCUACCCUACCUGACGAAAUUUUCUAUAAUGUUGAUGGAAAGGUCUUCCCACUUCGUGUCCAAUAUGAUUGGAAACCAGAUCAUUGUUCACAAUGUGGCUCUAUUAUGCAUCCUCCCUCCCUUUGCCCUAAAGAUCCUAUACAAAAGCCGGUUAACCAUGUCUCCACCAGGGGCAGAAGUUCUAGCCGAAAACCCCGUCCUUCACCUCCUCCUAAACUCAACAUUCCUAAACCUCCUCAACAAAUUAAGCCACAGACCAACAAUACCCAACAAGCAAAAACCCAAAUCAGCAACCCAGUUGAAAACCCCAUGAUACCUAACCUCAACUCACCCUCGGGUGAUGUUCAAGACUCUUUAGAAAUUCAAACUAUGACACAAGAACAGCCCCUUAUAAAAAUAGCAAACAAAUUUCAAACCUUAUCUGAUCAUGAUAAGGAAGAAGAUGGAGAUUCUCAACCACCUUCUCAUAACCUAUACCAGCCUCAUUCUCCUAAAAACCCGAACACCAGUGCCCAGGACAAUAUCAACCUCUUGUUAAAUCACAAUAGUCCAGCUCAAACAUCCCCUCGUUCACAUCAGCCGAACAUUCCUACCACCUCAAAUGACUCAACAAGCUCAUCCUCGCAUUCCACUAAAACCCAAACCCAGCCAAGUCAAAAUGUCAAACAAACUAGAGUAUCCGCUGCUGUUUCUUUUCUGUAA